GUGAAUGACGUGAGCUUUCCAGUGUUUUCCUAUAUGAAGUUUAAAAAUCGAUUUAGCAGGAAAAUAUUGUUUUGUUUGAGUUACGUCGUACAAUGAUUUUGGAUCGCAUGUGGUCGCUUAUUUUUUUGGUGGUAGCAGCGAGCAGUGCCUUCGCCGAUGAUCUUCCCCCAUCCUGCAAUAGAACUGUAUAUUGUGACAGUCAACUUUUACAUCAUGUGCAGCUUCAACGUCUCUUCAAAGAUUCCAAGACUUUUGUUGAUCUUCAAAUGCGCAAUGACCAAACCACCACUCUUGCAGCAUUUGACGCUCUACUGAACGAAACAAACAAUAAACCAACUGCAGAACAGUUAAAAUCAUUCGUUGAUGAAUAUUUUGAUACGACCAGUGAACUUGAAGACUGGACACCUGAAGAUUAUACGGAUAAUCCCGUUUUCCUACAAAGCAUUCGUGACGAAAAACUGAAGAAAUUCGGUAAGGACAUCAACGCUGUCUGGCCCAUUCUGGGAAGAAAAGUAAAGCCUGAAGUAUUUGAGAAGCCCGAACAGUACAGUCUUAUUCCGGUUUCACAUGGUUUCAUAAUUCCCGGAGGAAGAUUUAAGGAACUAUACUAUUGGGAUACGUAUUGGAUAAUAGAAGGUUUGCUUAUAAGUGGUAUGCACGAUACUGCAAGAGGUGUAAUAGAAAAUCUAAUAGAAAUAUUAAAGAAGUUAGGGCAUAUUCCUAAUGGAAGCAGAUGGUAUUACCAAGAGAGGAGUCAACCACCUCUAUUAACUGCUAUGAUGUCACUUUAUAUUCGAGAGACGCAAGACAUAGAGUUCUUGAAGGCUAAUGUGGAUUCUCUUGAAGAAGAACUGAAAUACUGGUUGGACACACAAGUUGUUACGUUUGACAAGGACGGACAAUCUUACACAUUAUUAAGAUAUUUUGCUCCCAGUCUUGGACCUCGUCCAGAAUCUUAUUACGAAGAUUACACCGAUGCACAGCAAUUUGAUACAGAAGAACGGAGACAAGAUUUCUAUAACGAUUUGAAGAGUGCUGCUGAGAGCGGUUGGGACUUUUCAUCUCGUUGGUUUAUUGGUCCUAACGGAGAGAGCACUAGCGAUUUAAAAACGAUUCGCACACGAGAUAUAAUUCCAGUAGAUUUAAAUUCAAUUUUUGCAAAUGCUCUUCAAAAUGUGGCUUUGUUUAGAGCUAUUUUAAAGCAUCGACAACACGCUGCACAUUGGGCUUAUAUGGCAAAACAAUGGAGAAGUUCCAUCGAAAAAGUUUUCUGGAACGAAGAAGAUGGUGUGUGGUAUGAUUAUGAUAUCAGUCACAAUCAGCACCGUAAAUAUUUCUACCCCAGCAACGUCGCGCCGUUAUGGAUGGGAGCAGUGGACAAACAUCUAGUUAUGAGGCAUGGCCCUCGUGUAUUGAAGUACUUGAGUAGUUCACCAGGUUUGAAAUUUCCAGGCGGAAUACCGGCAUCCUUGGCUAAUACUGGAGAGCAAUGGGAUUUCCCGAAUGCAUGGCCACCACUCGUUAGUAUGGUAGUAAAUGCUCUGGAAGCUUUAGACACUGAUGAGUCUAAAAAGUUAGCAUUUUAUGUUGCACAAACAUGGGUUCGAGCAUGCUACAAGGGAUUUAAUGAAAAUGAUCAGAUGUUCGAGAAGUAUGAUGUUGAAAGUCCAGGCAAAUUUGGUGGAGGUGGUGAAUAUACUGUACAAUUUGGGUUCGGUUGGUCAAAUGGUGUUGUUUUAGAGCUUUUGACCAAAUACGGUAGAGAAUUGACCGCUGCUGAUGAUACCAAUACGCAAGUUUCGCCAAUAGACGAUUCUAGCGACUCUCCUGAUUCACAGGCGCAAGAUUCUAGAAGUGACGAACAAUAAAAUAGUAGCAAUAACGUAAAAUACAAAAUAACCAACUUAAUCUUACAACGGUUAUCCUUUUAUCCUGUUUUGGGCCUGCUGGGAGCGUAUGUGCAUGCAAUUACCAAAGUAGCAAUCUGCAAUUCUUCUAUAUACUGUUCCGGUGACCUUCUUCAUAAAGUACAGCUGGCAAGGAUCUAUCCUGAUUCUAAAACCUUUGUGGAUCUAAAACUUGUGCAUUCAGAAAAUGAUACGUUAGUCAAUUUUGCUACGCUAAUGAAUAAUACAAAUAACAAUCCAUCAAGAGAAGCACUUGUCCAGUUCGUGCUUAAGUAUUUUAUUGAUGGCAACGAACUAUCACAUUGGAGCCCACCUGACUUUGAUGCUAAUCCACCAAUUCUUGGACAAAUUACAGAUCCAAAAUUGAAACAGUUUGCUAAAGAUGUGAUCGCUAUAUGGGCUCGUUUGGGUCGAAAAGUCAAUCCAGAUGUAAUCGAUCGUCUCGGGCGAACCAGCCUUAUGUAUGUGCCAAAUGGAUUUAUUGUACCUGGAGGACGAUUUAAGGAAUUAUAUUAUUGGGACUCAUAUUGGAUGGUACGAGGCCUUCUCAUAAGCAACAUGACUGAAACAGCGAAAGGUAUGAUUGAAAAUCUUUUGUACUUAGUGGAGAAAUUAGGUUACAUGCCGAACGGUAGCCGUAUCUACUACCUCGGAAGAAGCCAUCCGCCACUACUCACUGCAAUGGUUGCUAGCUAUUUUACAGCGACAGGAGAUCUUGCAUGGUUAGCGAAGCAUAUUGCCACCGUUGAAAAGGAAUUGCAUUACUGGAUUAACAAUAAAAAAAUUGAGAUUGAAGUUAAAGGAAAAAAAUAUUUACUGCUACGAUAUAUUGCUGACAAAAGCACUAAAGGUCCUCGACCGGAAUCGUAUUAUGAAGAUUUCACAAAUGCUCAAUUUUUUCCAAAUGAAGACAUGCGUGAAGAAUUUUAUUUACAAAUUAAAAGCGCAGCCGAAAGUGGUUGGGAUUUUUCAUCGCGUUGGUUUAUGUCGACCAAUAAGAAUGUGAACUUAACCAGUAUUCAUCUUACAUCUAUACUACCUGUAGAUUUAAAUUCUAUUUUCGCCGGUGCCUUGGAAAUUGCGGGUGAUUUUAGGAAUCAUCUAAAAAACCGCCGAGAAGCGGAAAAAUGGUGGAGUCUCGCUAAGUACUGGCGAAGUGCGAUUGCAAAUGUUUUGUGGGACUCAGAAGAUGGUGUUUGGUAUGACUAUGACCUCAAGCACAGUACAUUUAGAAAAUACUUUUAUCCGAGCUGCGCGACACCAUUAUGGGCUGGUGCUGUUGAUGAAGGGCUGGCAUCCGAGUAUGGAGCCCGUUUGGUAAAAUACCUUUCAUCUUCAGGAGCAAUGGAUUUUCCUGGCGGAGUACCAACGUCUAUUUCUCAUUCAGGUGAACAAUGGGACUUUCCUAAUGCAUGGCCGCCACUCCAAAGCAUCAUAAUCGGUGGUUUGUAUAAUAGUGGCAAUGAACAAGCAAUACAAAUGGCAAAAGAGCAAGCAACAAUUUGGCUACGUGCUAACUACAUCGGUUAUACGACAUGGCAAAAGAUGUUCGAGAAGUACAACGCUAUGAAUCCAGGCCACGAAGGUAGUGGUGGAGAAUAUAGUGUACAAGAUGGAUUCGGAUGGACCAAUGGAAUAGUCUUGGAAUUAUUGCAGCGAUAUGGUAAAGAGUUAACCAUAAACGAUGGAACUAAUCCUUCUGUACCCCAUGUACAACAAGUGUAAAAAUAGUUGAAUUUAAUCGAAUUUAAAAAUUAUACAAUUUUUUUAAAUAUGAACUGGGUACUAAUUAGUUAUUUUUGUAAUUGUAGUAUUUAUAAAUAAGUAAUAAUUGCUAUUUAUUGUGUAGUGUAAGUGAAAUCGAAAACUUGAUGUUUUUGUCAAGUGAUAAAAUGCAGUGAGAGCUUGAACCUAUUU